UUCAACUCCUCGCCAUUCAUUCCGUUCACUCACUUGCAGUCGACGAUUCUUCGUGCCUGAACUAUAAAGGUGAAUAGCCACCUUAAGCGGACCAUCCGUUAGAGGAUCCAUUCGUUUCCUAUUUUGGACUACCAGAGGAAAGAAAUAUGAAUUUUGCUUGUCUCAUCGCCACCCAGACGCCUUUCGGCAAGGCACCGGCUUUUAUCUCGGCUGCGACAGACUCUCGAAUGCAACAAUCACACGUCGGCAGCCGCGCUGUCCUGUGGAGACCCUGGCUCGUGUCCAGUCAGGAUGCGCAAACUGGGUGCCGAAGACGCAAGCUCUCUUGUCCUUACUCCAGAGCUACAGUGCCAAGUAACACAACAGCAGAUGGCAAAACUCAGUCUUUCCAGCACCCUGUCAGACUUUUUUGGCCAAAGUCCAAGUCAUAUGACUACCUGUACAGUGAUGGCGAAGCACUGUUGAGGAACUUCCCAGUGCAGGCAACCAUCAGCUUCUAUGAUGAGUCUGACAGCGAGGAUGAGGAUGAGGAGCAGGAUGACUGGGCUGAAGAAGAGGACGCAGAUGACAAAGAGUGCCUCAAACCCCUUGGCCAUGUCACCACCUCCAACUGAAUUCACAGACUUAAUGAUAACAGCCUCCAGCAGACCCAAGACCUAUCACUCAUUCUGGCAGGUCUGCUCCAUCUCUUCACAGAUGAAACCUCUUGAUAGGGCAUGCCAUCCACAGGCUGCAUGGUUUGGGCAUCUUUCUUUUUUCUUGUAGCAGGAAUUCAAUUCAUGCAAUGCUAUUAAAAAAAAAAGUCCUUCUAACUAUCCUCCUCAUUGUAAUUUCCUCUGGGAAUUGAAUAAUGCCAAUCACACAGUCCCACAUUGGGAUGAAUGUGUUGUUUCCAAUCUCAGGGUCCUUUUUUCCCCCAUGUCCCUAAUUUAUGUUGUAUAUAUCCAUAUAUAUUUAUGUCCUAUUUUUUUACUUUUUGCAUUUGACACAGAAUAAACUAUAUGUGUAC